GCUCAUAAAUCGGCAAGGAAAAAAAAUUCCCCGUGCUCUGCUGUGUUCUACUCCUACACCUGCGACUAAUCCCUCUCUCUCAUCGCCCCCCUCGUCUCGUCGCCCCCCUCCGCUUCGCGCAUCUCACCGCCAUCUCACUCCCGACCCCCCCUCCUUUCCCUUCCCGCUUCUAAUUGAGCGCCAAAGCGGGGGACGUUUGAAUUCCCAGCAGCUUCCGCUUCGAGCGCCUUCUCGAACAUUCUGGAGACGCUGGCGGCCGGCCCCGGUUCUUUCCCCCUCCACUAGGGUUUCGCGUUCCCCUCGGACGGCAUGGGGGACGCCCCCGCGGCGGCGGCGCCCGCUUCGGCCGCGGGGAAGAGGCGGCGCGGCGAUGAAGGCGCAGGGCUGCGGCGGGUAGCGGAGAUCGUGAUGGUGCUCGCUGCGGCCGGGGAGGUGCGGGGCGGGAGGGAGCCCACGGCGGCGGAGCGGGCGCUCGUGGCGGAGGCGCGGGAGAGGCUGUCCGCCGCCGUCGCUGGGGGCGCGGUGCGUCCAAAGGAUCUGUUCCCGGGGGAGGCCGUGCGCGCGGUCGUCGAGGAUCUCGGGCUCAACCGCGCCAAGGACCCCGCCGCCAUGGGGUUCCGCCCGCCCAAGGCCUCCAUCGCCGACAGGCUGAUGCUUACUAAGCGCAAGAUGGAAGAAGUAAAGGAAGCUCCAGCACAACCAACAAUUAGCACACCUCAAACAAUUGUCUCAAGUGGAAUGUCUGAGUUCCACGGUUUUAAUGGGGCUUCCAAGUUUGGUGUGGGAGCUCCUCGGAAUCCACCAGCUGUUGCAGCCUUAGCUGCCACUGCCCCAUUAAGCUCUGCAUCCCUAGUUGCCUUGAAACCACCAGGAUCAUCUCCUGUAAGACCAGUUGCCAACUCCUCAGUUGUUGCCCUACCCUAUUCUGGUCCAUCACACCUUAAAUUGGAGAAAGAUGUUAAUGGUCCUCUGAAUUUAGCACGCAGCGGAGCAACGAUUGUCUACUCAAACAAGUCAACUCAAGACACAUCUGCUAGGUCCAAUGUAAAUGUUGUACAGAGUUCCAAUCAGCUGGUGAAAAACCAGGACACAAAGCCAGUGGCAGGUAACCCCGUUACAGGGCAUCGUGCCACACCAGGAGUGGCAUUUGUUCCGCCAAAACCUACUUUUGCCAACCACAAUGAAAUAGCAAAGAAUGUCCAGCAAUUUCUGCACCAACCUACAAACCAUCCUAGCUGGACUCCACCAUCAACUGAGUACAUGCAUGCUCGCUUGGGCUGCCAAAUGUGCAAAGUUGCUAUCAUUGAUGCGGACAGUUUGCUUGUUUGUGAUGCUUGUGAGAGAGGAGUACACUUGAAAUGCCUUCAGCAGUAUGGUAAUAAGGGUGUUCCUAAAGCUGAGUGGCAUUGUUCAGCAUGCCUCACACAGAGUAAGGGCAAACCCCUGCCACCAAAAUAUGGCAAGGUUACAAGAACUGUUGUUGCAUCGAAGGCUGCUCCACCUGUUGGUGGAGCACAACUUUCUGUGCAGGGAUCAGCAGAAAACAUGGCUGCAAAGGAGAAUCACCAUAAGUUGGCUGCAAAUGGAAAUCUUAUGAAGCCAAUCUCCACACAAGCUGGCAGCAUUUUACACAAUAGUAAUGUAUUGGCUCUGAGUGCUUCCACAGCUAGUUCGCAAUCACAAUUAGUUUCUACCUUAAUCGGAAAUGCUAUUAAGGCUGAAACCUCCUCUAAUGAAAAGGAAGGAACUGAGCUACCAUCCAGUAGUACAACGCAGCAUAAUAUGAAAUCCCCUCCUAACAAAAGAUUGAGAAGUGGUUUCUCUUUGAACUCUGUGGAUUCAGCAAAUGAUAUUAUGCAUGGCAAGCAAACUUCAGAAAUGUCUGGGGUAAAAUGUCCAGAUAAUUCUUUUGCUGUUGGUGCUGAAGCAAAGAUCAAGUCCGAAGCACACUCUGAGCCCCUUCCGAGUAGAGAUGAGGAAAUGGUUGAUAAUAGUGGAACAUCAUUGGAACAAACUUGUACUGUUGCAACUGAAGAAAAGCACAGGGUACAAGCAACCUUCGGUCCAGAUGAAAUGAAAGAUGCGGAGACAACUACCGACACUGGAACAUCAACAGAUCAAGGCAGCGACUUCCCUACUGAAGAAAAUCUCCACAGCGAAGCAACUUCUGAGCCACACACAAUCAAUGAUGUGGAGAUGGCUACCAAUACUGGAAUACCAAUAGAGCAAAGCAGCAGUGUUGCUAUCGAAGAAAAGCUCCAGACAGACUCUGAGCCACAUACCGUCCAAGAUAUGGAAAUGGGUACCAACAGUGCACCACAAAUAGAUCAAAGCAGCAAUCUUGCUACUGAAGAAAAACCCCAGUCUGAACCAACCUCUGCAAUCAGUGAUCUGGAUCUAGCUAAUGCUGGAAUACCAACAGAUCAAACACAGCGUUCAAAUGGGUCAACUGAAAAUGGAGUAAAAGAACCUCCCAGUGGAGAAGCAAAUGAAGACAAAUCUGGCUGUAAUGCAGCCUCAGAUCAUGGCAGUACCCAAAAAGUAGUUCCAAAUGGCAUCUUAUGUCCUGAAAAUGAAACUUUAUGCGUUCAUGAAAAGGAAGCUGUGGGCGUCAGUGCAGAAGCAAAAGAAGAAGUCAACUAGAUUCAGUUGUUGGUUGCAUUCAAUUUUCUCUUGCAGAUGGAAGUAUGAGGAAUGCACCAUUUGUUUUAGUAUCAGUGAUUAACCGUGCACUCUACAUUCUCUUGGAUAACUUUUUAUAAAUUUAGUCAUCGCCAGCCAUUUUUCCUGGAGGUUUGCCCUGUGCCCCUUUGUCUCGUAAAAUCUUUGGAAACAUGGUCAUCAUGCUCAGUUCAGUCAUAAUUCAGUUGCAGUUUCACCAUUAUUUUUCUUGUGCAUUUCUGCUGGCAUGAGGUUUACCGUCAAUCUAUGCAGGCGCCGACACCCUCCUGGAGUAGCUAGAAAAGCCUAGAGCACAGGGAGUCUAAUCCAGUGCUGUUGUACUUUAUGCAGCCCCUUCCAUUUUUCCACUUCGAGCUGUUAUUUUUUUUUCCCUCCUGUUUGUUCUGUGCUUAUCACUGAUGCUGUAAUUAGAUAGUUUCUGGCUGAGUGAGGACUCGAUUAUUGUCACAAUAAUGCUAUUUACCUUCAUCUUGUGAGUUUUGACCUUUGAGA